CCAGAAAGGCGCUCUAUGGCGCUGCAGCUCCUCGGCCGGCCUGGCUCUAGCAGCCUCCUCGCUCACGUCACUCGGCGGACUCUAAGACCCGGCAGACACCUCCGCCGCGCGCCUGUCCGCGCCCGCGCCCUCGCGCACGCGCGCACACCACACCCAUCCCUCGUGACGUCACCCCCGUCCCGGCUCUCGCUCGGCGCCUCGAACUCUCGGCUCCCGAAAAUGCUGCUCUCCGUGCCCCCGAGGGCAGGACUCGCGCCCUACUGCGGCUUCGGCGGCCGGAGCAGUAAGAAGCAGGGCUAUGUGUCCAGCCAGCAAAUGGCCCCCUCCAGUCCCAGCACCACCAGCAGCAGCAGUGGAGGGGCAGAGCAGCUGAGCAAAACCAACUUGUACAUUCGGGGCCUUCACCCGGGCACAAGCGACCAGGACCUGGUGAAGCUUUGCCAGCCCUAUGGGAAGAUCGUCUCAACGAAAGCCAUUCUCGACAAAACGACCAACAAGUGCAAAGGCUACGGCUUUGUGGACUUCGACAGUCCUGGUGCUGCGCAGAAGGCCGUCAACGCCCUCAAGGCCAGUGGUGUGCAGGCACAGAUGGCCAAGCAACAGGAGCAGGACCCCACCAACCUGUACAUCUCCAACCUGCCCGUGUCGAUGGACGAGCAGGAGCUCGAAGGGAUGCUGAAGCCAUUUGGGCAGGUGAUCUCCACCCGUAUCCUCCGAGAUGCCAAUGGGACCAGUCGAGGGGUGGGUUUUGCCAGGAUGGAAUCUACCGAGAAAUGCGAAGCCAUCAUCCAGCACUUUAACGGCAAAUACAUCAAGACCCCUCCAGGAGUGCCAGUUCCCAGUGAGCCUUUGCUAUGCAAGUUUGCAGAUGGCGGCCAGAAGAAGAGACAGAACCCGAGCAAGUACUUGCAGAACGGGCGGCCGUGGCCUCGGGACGGAGACACGGCAGGAAUGACGCUGACCUACGACCCCACGCCAGCUUUACAGAAUGGGUUUUACUCCACCUACGGCAUUGCACCAAACCGGAUGAUUACACAGACGUCCAUGCCACCGUACCUUCACUCGCCAGUGUCAUCCUACCAGGUGCACGGCCCCUCUUGGAUGCAUCACCACCAGUCUUACCUCAUGCAGCCUGCUCAGGGCGCGGUGCUGACCCCUGCGCUUGACCACCACAUGUCUAUCCAGCCGGCCUCGCUGAUGGCCCCCCUAACGCAGCAGUUGAGUCACCUGUCAAUCAGCAGCGGUGGGACGUACCUGCCAGCCACCACAGCUAUGCAAGGGGCCUACAUCCCCCAAUACACAGCGGUGCCUUCGUCGAGUGUGCCCGUCGAGGUGAGGACUCGGGUUCAUGAGCGUGCCGAGGGGGCCGCCCGCCCGCCACGGUGCUCACGCUUUUUAAUCAUGUGUUUGCAGGAGAGCAGCGGGCAGCAGCCGCCGACACAGGCCUCCGUUGCUAUAGAAACAGCUUCCGAGCAUGGCGCCUAUCCUUACCAGCAUGGCAAGUGAAGCUAACUGGACGAAGGCCCUGGACGACAGAUGCGUGCGCAUUUUUUAUUUUUAACCUCUUUUUAUUUUUAUUUUUUUUUUUAUAUGUAAAAUAUGCAAACCUUUUUGACUUUUUUCGUAGCGGCAUUACGCCGAUUUUGUACAGAAUUCUCACCAUGGCAUUUUACGAGGUUCUAGAGGAAAACUAUUUUUUUUAUUCUUUUGAGAAGAAAACGUUAAAACACUAAAAUAACCAAAUCAGGGCUUAAAAGCAAUUGGUGGGAGCGCCAAAGGGGCGGAGAGGAGACAAUCAGUGGGCGGGGCCUCCACUGCUGCUUUGCUCAUUGGCUCCUGUUCACUUGAGACUCUUUAUUGUGCUUUUUGUUUGUUUGUUUGUUUUAAUAUUUAGGAGAGACGUUAAGACUCGAGGAGGCCCCGCCCAGGCCGCUGCCCGGCGCCGCCCUCCCUGUGUCCUCUUUAUUUAUAGACACGCCUCUGCCUGCAUUUUCAACAGCUUUCGAUUCUGCAAUACGACACCCACGGCGCCAUGGCCGCGCCCCCCCUCCCCUCCCAUAUUUAUAACCAAAGAUGCUGAAGCCGUCGAGCUCUGCUCUCUGAUGGAGAAUCCAUACUUGGGCCACCUGGACACGUGCUGGCCGCAUGAAGGACAUCGGCAACUUGAAACUGUGAACCGCUGACCAAGCCUGAUCUCCAAGUGGACGGCGCCCUGCCGCCCCCCCCCCCCUAUCUCUCUUUUUUUUCCCCUUUGCUACUGCUGCUACGUCCGGGUGACAGGGGGCCUCGUCUGCGGCUGGUUGAGGUGACACACACCCCCCUCCCCCCACACACCAUGAGUGGCCUUGGACACGCUGCCAGCGCUGCCGCGUGUGGUCAGGACUUCUGCCUGCGUUUUGUUUUGUUUUUUUUGCUUUAAAUUUGUACAAAAUGUCAAAAAAGGAAAAUGUUUUAGUUUUGUACGGUUUUGUGUUUCAUAGACAGUCUGUUUUCUUUGGUCAAUUUUUUUUUUUUUUGUAAUAAAACAAGAAGAAAAUC